AUGGCGUUCAGACGCAGUGUAUGGGAAGCUUGCGUCUGGAUGCAAGGAAUGGCGUCCGGACGCAGUGCACUCUACUGCAUCCUUGGCAUUUUUCUGAUUUCUUCUGAAAUGUUCUGGAACUUUCUACUUGUCUCCAAAAAUACGGUAAUGCCUGUAAAGCUAAAAGAGAAAGAACGGGAGUUUAUUCUCCUAAAACAAGAUACAAUAUCUGUAACUGAUUAUGAAGUUAAGUUUGCAGCUUUAUCGAGGUUUGCACCUAAGUUUGUACAGAAUGAAGAAGAUAAAUGUACAAAAUUCCAAGAUUGGUUAGAGGCUGCUAUUAAGUUCAAAGUUUCAGUUUUUGAGGAAACAAAUUACAAUAGACUUGUUAAUAAAGCCAUGAUUGCUGAAAGGGAUGUGAAAGAAUUGCAAGAAAGAAGGGAACAAUACAAAAGAAAUAGAUUUGAGCCAUCACAAUCAAGAGGAGGUGAAGGAAUUUCAAGUAGCUUUGGAGGACGUGGUACUGGCAGGGAGUGCUUUCAGUGUGGAAAGGAAGGCCAUCAGAAGAAUGAUUGUUCUAUGUUGAAAGCAGAAGAGUGCUAUCAUUGCCAUCAGCCGAGCCAUCGGAAGAGAGAAUGUCCGAUGUUGAUAGGACUGACUUCAGUGGGUAGUGUUGCUGGUUCUGGUAGAGGUUUUGCACAGGGGAACUCGUCAAGAGGAGGUAAGGGUGCUACAAGUGGUUCACAAGCCCAGGGAAAAGUAUUUGCUAUGACACUUCAGGAUGCUCAAGCAACACCAGAAGUGGUGACAUGUACACUUUCUAUUUUGGAUAGAAAUGUUACUGUGUUUAUUGAUCCUGGCUCAAUCCAUUCAUUUGUCGCAUCAUUUGUUGCUAUAAAUUUGGGUAGACCACUUUCAUUACUAGAUAGUAAAUUAUUUAUUUCUACACCAAUGGGGGAAGUGGUAGUGGUUGCAAAUGAAUAUCGGGAUUAUGUAUUACAAUUGGGAGAUAGACAGUUAAAAGUGAAUUUGAUACCGUUGAGCAUACCAGACUUUAUAACAUUUUGGAUACCAGGGGAGCCAGAGUUCAGAUUUAUUGGGGAAAUAAAUGUUAUUCCGAACUGUCUCAUUUCAGCUAUACAAACUAGAAAGUUGUUGAAGAAAAGUUGUCAGGGUUACUUGGCUUAUGUAGUUAAUACUGAAAAUAAAGAUGUGACACUUGAAAAUGUACCAGUGGUAAGGGAAUUCACAAAUGUGUUUCCAGAAGAAUUGCCGGGGUUGCCAGUGGGCAGAGAGGUAGACUUUACCAUUGAGUUAGUACUGGGAACAACUCCAAUUUCUAUUGCUCCGUAUCGAAUGGCACUAGCAGAAUUGAAAGAAUUAAGAAUUAAAGAUAUAGUUGCAAGAUUUACUGGAUAA